AUGUUGAUCGCCUCCGACAAUAUUAUCUCUUCUGCUACUGGAAUCCAGCAAGGUGAUCCUCUUGGUCCGCUGCUAUUUGAUAUGGCUAUUGACGGGAUAGCUCGUUCCAUCACUUCUCCUUUCAAUAUAUGGUAUCUUGACAAUGCAACGUUGGGAGGAUCCAUCGCGACCGUAGCUGCUGACCUCCGACGAGAUAUUCCUGCUUUAUCUCUGCUUGGACUUGAGAUUAACUCGUCCAAGUCAGAAAUAAUAAACUUGAAUUAUAGUGCAGAUGAUUUCGAGAGUGCUAUCCGGUAUAUUAGACUCAUCCUUGAGGAUAUUAAAAUAACACCUAUGGAGGAAUUACGUAUUCUUGGUUCUCCAGUCUUUCCAAUGGCCAUUCGAGAGUGUUUGGAUACUAAGCAUGUCAUUCUAACAAGAAUGACUGUGAAAUUGCAACUCAUUGAUGCGCACCCAGCCCUCUUCCUCUUGAAGAACAGUUUUUCGCUACAGAGUUCCCUCUACACUCUCCGAAGUGGCCCUUGCAACCUCGAACGGGAUUUCUUAAAUGGGAUAGAUAUCACAGUUAUGAGAUGUGCGGAGCAAAUUUGCAACGUCAAUUUCGACGACACAGGCUGCAGGCAGGCAACGAGACCUGGGCCUUCGAUCAGCGGUAGAUUUGGCCCUUCCAGCAUAGCUUUCUUCACUUUCGUCCAGUCACGAAUUAAUUGA